AUGGCCGAUCCCUUUGCCCCGCGCUCCAUGAAGCGCAAAAAUGUCAAAGGCCUCGCCCUCACGCCCGCCGCCCCGCGACCCCCGCCGACGGCUGAGACAAGCCGCCCCGACGCCGACUCUGCCCGCGACGAUGGCAAGGAUGGACAACUGGAGAUUGGCAUCGAGUACAAACUCGACCUGAGGCCAGAAGAACUCGAGAUCCUCAAGGAGCUGGGCUCCGGCAAUGGUGGCACAGUCAGCAAGGUCAAGCACCUUACAUCGGGCACCAUCAUGGCGCGCAAGGUCAUCCACGUCGAGGCCAAGAAGGAGAUGCGCAAGAGAAUCGUACGAGAACUGCAGAUCAUGCAUGGGUGCCAUUCCGACUACAUUGUUAAUUUUUACGGCGCAUUUCUCAACAGUAACAACGACGUCAUCAUGUGCAUGGAGUACAUGGAUGUCGGGUCUCUCGACAGGGUCUCGAGAGUGUUUGGCCCGAUCCGCGUCGACGUGCUCGGCAAGAUUGCGGAAGCAACCCUCGGCGGCUUGACGUACCUGUACUCAAAACACCACAUCAUGCACCGGGACAUCAAACCCUCCAACAUCCUCGUCAAUUCCCGAGGCUCCAUCAAGCUGUGCGACUUUGGCGUCUCCGGCGAGCUCAUCAAUUCGAUUGCCGACACCUUUGUCGGCACAUCAACCUACAUGGCCCCCGAACGAAUUCAGGGCGAAAAGUACACCGUCAAGUCGGAUGUGUGGAGCUUCGGCUUGUCCAUCAUGGAGCUGGCCAUUGGCAAAUUCCCGUUUGCCGCGAGCGAGCAACUCUCGGACGAGGAGUGCGCACCGGCGGGCAUUCUGGACUUGCUGCAGCAAAUUGUCCAUGAGCCGGCGCCGAGACUGCCCAAGAGCGAUGCUUUCCCUGGCAUACUGGAGGACAUGAUACAGAAAUGUCUUUACAAACAGCCCGAACAACGUCCAACGCCACAGGAACUUCACGACCGCGAUCCCUUUGUCCAGGCCGCCAAAAGGACCCCUGUCGACUUGAGGCAAUGGGCAGUCGGGCUCCUGGAGCGAGACAACCGCAAAUCUCACCUGGGGCCGCAGCUGUCGCCGGCCACGCAAGACCUGUUGCGAUCAAGCGACUCGCCCACUGGUCAAACGCAAAUCGAGGAUCGGACCGUACACACACCAACCUCGGGCGAGAUACCCAUUGGAGGCGCCGGCAUCAUUUCCCCACGCGACCAGCCAAGUCGUUCGCCGAGUCGCAAUUGCAUUGGGACUGGCCGGACACCCUCCCUGGCGCACCCCGGCAUGGGGCAGAGGAUAGCAACCACCAACUCGAUUCCCCAGGUGUCACGCUACAACGACAACUCGGCUCCUGCCAGUGCCAACGCCGCAACGUUCAAUCUGCCGGUCAGACCCGCUCCGCUGGGCAGCACGCUGCCUCCAGCACCUCCGCGAAAGCAGUCGCAGACGGCGGACGACUCACGAAAAGAAUCCCGAAGACAGGCAACGUUUGGGUUGCCGCCGAACCCAAGCUAUGGCCUGUAG